AUGUCUUUUCAAAUAGUUUCAGAGCGGCUUAAGGCCUUGCAAGAGUCAAACGCCCUGCUAAAAGAGCUCAUUGAUCGUCUCGCAAACCUCAAGUUUCAACCUGGAUCGGUUCCUCUCGACGACGACGAGAACAAUGUUAAGGUGGAACUCACCUCGGAGAUCCACCAGCUCAUAAAAGACCAGGAUGAAGAUCUAGCUAUCUUACAAGAAGAUGUAACUGAUGUAGAGGUUGGAAGAUCCGGCGGAGAGUUGGAGCAGCAAAAGGUCCUACUCGACAGCGGGGUUAAGAAAGCUAGGGAAGAGCUGAAGGCACUUGUGAUAGCCUUUCGCAGAGCCCAGAUGUCUGCUAAGCGGAGUCUCGAAGAAGCACAGCGCGAGGAACGCAAGCUCCUCUUACAAUCCUAUCUUGAUCCCCAACCCGACAAACCAACACAACCCUUAGUACCACGGCGACGCAACCUGCCAUCUUCAGAACUUUCGAAGGAGGAAAAGACGGUUAAUGCAAGCACGGAUGUUACGCUUGCCCUCCGACGCACACAUGAUAUGAUGGCUGCUGAGCUCUCACGCUCACAGUUCGCACAUCAGACUUUGCAGGAGUCGACUGCAGCAUUAGCGCAGCUAUCGGAGACGUAUUCUACACUCGAUACUCUAUUAUCGAGUUCUAAGAAUCUUCUUGGGACAUUGCUAAGGAGCCAGAAGAGUGACACCUGGUACCUCGAGACCGCAUUCUACGUUCUCUUGGUUACGAUUGCUUGGCUAAUUUUCAGGCGAUUCUUGUAUGGUCCGGCGUGGUGGUUGGUAUGGCUGCCAGUGAAGAUGUUUUGGAAAGGUUCUAUGGGAGUUCUGUCAACUACAGGGGCAGUAGGUCGCUCAAGUGUUGAUACGAGCAUCACUUCCGUGGUUGGACAUUCGACGGUCGUGCAUAGUACCGGUACGAGAACGCCUAUACCCACAAUUGCCGGAUCACAUGCUCGGAGUAUGAACGUCGGUGGUGGUGGUAGGGGGGCGCCGAUGAGGCCAAUGGACGCUCCCCAGGGACAAGGCAGCGUUUCUGAGCAAGUUGGCAGGAUUAUCGACGAAAGUCGAAAUGACUACGCCGGAGAAGAGAAACCAGCCCAAGAGGAGAGUGGUGGUGACGCAAAUGGGGAAGGGGAGCAGGCCCAGGCUAAAAGAAAUCCUCUGAAGAGAAUGUGGGAAGAGGAUAAAGAAGCAGCAAAGGAAGCUCAACGUCGGAAGGACGAGUUAUAG